ACCAAAUUAAGUAAAAAUUCUAAAAUGAAUAAAGCAGAUACCUGCCUCCCCAAGACUGUUUGGGUAACAUACCCAGAGCUUAGACAGAAGUCGGUAGUUAAUUUAAGGCAUAUGGUUUUGAAUAUAGAUCCUAAUAAGUGAGGUAGCUGUUCGAGUCAUGACUCAGAGAUAAAGACAAGUCAUAAGUGGGGGUUUUAUACGAGUAAAAUUAGGACUGAUGAUUAUGAGAGAUUAUUAGACCUUGGAUUCUCAAGGUCAGGAACAUUUAUAGAUAAGUCAGAUACAGCCCGCUCUUGUUGCCCGCUGUACACCUCAAGACUUGAUUGCACAGAGUUCAAGCUGUCAAAGCAACAGAAGAAGCACAUGAAGAGGUUCAAUCAAUAUAUCAAUGGGGAGCGGGAGUUCAAGAAGACCAUCGACCCAAUCAUUCUUAGACACCCUAAAGAUAUCAUAAAAGACAACAGAAGAAAGAUAUAUGCUAAGUUUCUUGAAAAUAUCAAAAAGGAGCAAGAAGAACUGAAAAAGCUAAUCAUUGAAGCUAUCUGAAAUAACGAUGAUUUCAAUGUUCAAGGUCAGGAUAUAGUUGUCAAAGAUUAUAAACGAAAGAUAUCUCAUAGUAGAUUUGCCUAUUAUUCUUGAAAUGUUGCUAAUGUUAUCCUUGAACAAACAAAAUGCAAGAAGCAGGGUAAAUCCAGACAACCUUUAAUCAAAGCACUCAAAGACCUUCUUUUGAAAACUCCAGGUUUCCAAGAAAGUUUUGAUGUUUAUGAGAAUCCAAAUGCAAUGGUGUUUGGGUCUAAGAAAUGGCUAAACCCAAGAUCAGCCAGAGUAAACAUAUUUAGCUCAAACAAAACAAAUGAGUACAAUGAACAGAGCUACGUUGAAACAGGGGAAGAGCGCAAGAUAGCACUUGAAGCAUCCGAUUCCAGACCAUACACUGACUUCUUCGAAGAGUUUGUACCAAAUCCAGCACAAGAGUCUGGAAGGGCUCAUAAUUACACAGUUUCAUUGCACAGAGCCAUUUGAUACCGAGAGAACCUCGAACUGUAUCGCAAGUUUGUACUUUGCAGAUUUGAUCAAGAGCGGUUGAAGCAAGACUUUGAAACCUUCCUGACGAAUAGCUGUCUUUAUGACCCUAAAGAUCCUGAAUUCGAAACUGCCAUGACGUUCAAAGAAGAAGAUACUCUGGAUGCUAACAGAGUUUUCAAAGAUGAAGGAGUUUACCCACAAUACUUUGGAACUUAUCACUUGCAUCACCGCAUUGACGGAAGACUGAUUGCCAUCAAUGUAUGGGACAUUACAGAGCACACGCUCAGCUCAGUGCACACAUUCUAUGAUCCAGAGUACAGCUUCUUGUCUCUUGGUCAUGUCACAGCCGUGAGAGAAAUAGAAUACAUGCAGAAGGUCAGAAAAGAGUUCAACCCCAACAUGAAGUACUACUACAUGGGAGAAUACGAUAUCAGCAAAUAAUAUGAGAAUCUCUUCAAAAGUUCACAACAGUCAUAAAUAGUGCUUACAAAGGCCACAUGCAUCCUCAGAAUCUUCUCUGCCCAUCCACUUACACCUAUAUCCCUUUAACUUCUUCCUUAAUCGAACAAAUCAAGAGUGGUAACAAGGGGAAGCUCAACCCAUAUGCUGAAGAAGUUGUUCACGAAGAAAGCAAGAAGUUUCAAGAAUUUCUUCCAAAAUUCCCUAUAAUUUAUAAAAAAGUAGAAAUCCUAAAGUUAAGACAAAUGAAGAGAAAAUUUCGAGAGAAGUACUCUAAUAAUCUCAAGGCAUUUUACAAGAUCAUCGGAGACUUUUGGUACAAAAGGUUCAUUUUUGAAUGUGUGUAAUCCCAGACUACAAUUCGAGGCUAAGCUUAAUACGUAUCAUAAAAAACAUCAGGAUGAAAUUCCGGAACUUAACUGAAUUGGAGAAAAUUGAAAUUCCACAGAAAUCCUAACAUUCUCAACUUAACCUCAAAAGCACUAUUCUAUCUAAUUAGAAGAUGAUGAGUGAUUAAUAUUGAAGCAUGUGGUUUUGUGAUAGAUGCUUAAAAAUGAUUUUGUGAAAAUGGAAAAGAGAGAAAACAGUACUCGAGAUAGAGUUUUUAUUAGCUAGCUCAAAACUGAUGAUUAUUUGUACUUACACAAAAUUUGGGUUUCGUAAAAUCAGGGGUCUCUAAAUGUGAACCAGAUGAAAAUAAAUCUGGUUACGCCCACUGCAUUUCAAAACUUGACUGAACAUAGUUCAGGAUAUUAAAACAGCAGGAGAAACACAUAAAGAGAUUCAACCAAUACAUCAAAGGGAGAGGUAGUU